AAAGAGAAACGCAAAAAUACAAAGUGCAAAAAUGUUUACAAAGAAAUCACAUGCAGAUGUUAAAAAGUCGACAGCAAAGUUGCAGGAUUGCAAAAAGGAUUCGGCCUCCCGCCUACGACAUCUGCGCACAAUAUUAGAUAAUGUAGAUUACGAGGAGUCCAAGUCGCUGUUCGAGACAAACUACAGCCAUGUGUACUUCAUACUCUACGACACCUUCAUCCAGGCCGAGGCGAAUCUCAAGCAGAAAGAACUUCCGUUUCAUAUUGUGCACAAGGCGCAUCGCGAGGAACUGGACGGUUCGCUAUGGCUGCUGGAGAAGAUACUGUGCCUGCUACCCGAGCUGUUGGCACGCCGCUGGCAAUGCCAUUCGCUCAGCCGGAUCAUGGCCAAGCUGCUGCACUUGGGAAACUCCCCAAAGCUGCGCCGCGAGGGUGUCAAAUACUUUCUGCUGUGGUAUCAGACGCUGGGCGAGAAUGCGCCGAGCUAUGUGCACGCCAUGUACGCGGAUCUGAUACCCGGCCUCAUUGUGCCGCAGAAGGGUGUCGUUGGUCCCGACACGGAAUUCAACACCACGGAUUUCCUCUCGCAUCCCAAUAUGAAGGCUGACGGCGGCAUGGCCUCCGUAUUCCAUGACAAUGCCUUCUCGCAUCCCGUGCAGAGUUCUGAAGUUGUGGCCCUGUUGCCGCCAUCAUCCAGCGAAAAGUCAGCGCCGCCAGAUCCCCGCGAUGGACUCGAGGUGCUGCUCAAUAGCAUGGUGCAGACCGCAGCCUGUUUGCGAUGGCGCGAUAAUCGCGCACAGAAGGAUCAUCGAGCGUUUGCGUUUCUGUUGCAACGCUUCAAGGAGGUCUUUCUGCCCGUAUUCUCGCCCAGCUUUGAUGCCAGCCAAUCCAUCUACAAUCCUCGCCUGGAAAUGCCCGUCAUGCGGUCGAUACACAAAAAGGAAGAGGUGAUGGCCUCCUGUGUUGUGGUGCUCAUCAAUUGGGUGUCGCGUUUCACGCACGAACGUUUGCUCAGCCAUCGCUUGGAUUGCGCGCUGCAGAUCGAGGGCGUGGAUCAUCAGCGGCUGCUGGGCUACCAGCAGGGAUUGAUUGUGCGCGACGUGUUUUACGUGAGUCGCGAGAACAUCAACUUUGUGCACGAAGUCUAUCGCCAGGCAUUCCUGUUGAACUUCACAUCGAAGGCCCAAAUCGAAGCAAUACGCACAGCGAUUGCCGUUUACAGAGAUUGGAUGACGGGCAGCACGCCGCCACCAUUUCUACUGGAGCCCAACGAAGAUCAGUCGACGACGACAGUGACAACACCAUCGAGUCACUCGAAUGCUGGCGGCACGCCGCGUAGCCAAAGAUUGCGCACACCCUCGUAUGUGGGUGCCAUGCAGGGCAGCAAGGAGCAGCAGCAGGUUGUGCGGGCCGGCAUGCAGAAUGUGCUGCAGGUGUUCGUCACGAAUGCGGCGAAUGUGUUUCUUGUGAACACAGCCAAUCUUAACAUCUGCUUUCCGACACGCUCACGCGACUAUCGUUCGACACCGCUGCAGGAGCAAACGGAGAUCUGCAAGAAGGUGCUGAACGUGUAUCGCACGAUGGUGAUGAACACGCGCAUGGAGUCGCGCACCUGGGAACAGCUCUUGCUCGUGCUGCUGCAGGUCACGUCCGUUGUGCUGCAUCAGAAUCCGCCGCCCAGCGGCAGCAAGAGCGCCAAUCUGGGCGGCAUUCUCGGCUCGGCGAUAUUCCAAACGCUGAUUGUUACCUGGAUACGAGCGCACACCAAUGUCCCCGUGAAUGUGGUGCUCUGGGAGAAGUUUCUCACCGUGCUGCAAUCGCUGACACAUCGCGAGGAGUUGAUCGUCGAGUGGAACAAAACGAUACAGACGCUAACACGCGUCUUCUCGCGCUACACCUACGGCAUUAACUUGCUCGAUUUGCCGCUGGAUCGUGUGGCAGAGAGUCGCGGCAAACGGCGACGCAUUGGCAGCGUCUGGCAGGGAUCGGGCAGCAACAGUGCCGGCGCCAGCAUCACACCCAGCGUGCAACGCGAACGUGAAAGUCUCGCCGAGUCGAACAGCAGUCGCUCCGAUGAGAACUCGCAGGCGGGCAGCCACAGUCAAGCGCCGUUGCUGCAGUCCGCGAAUCGUACACAUCAUCAACACACACAAUCCCAUGGCGGUGGCACUGGACACGGCUCGCGUCCUGUGCCGCUGACACCGAUGCUGAGUCGCAGCUACAGUGAGGGAAGCCUCGCAUCGGCGGCACGCAAUUCUCGCAUCCGCCGACGCCGUGUGGCUACUGCAGCUGCACCGAAAGCGGAGGCGCCGCUGGAUGUGCGUGCGUGUCUGGAGCACACGCUGAGCACGCAGAGCAAUGCGCAGGAUUUGCGGCGUGCCAUGUCGCUGGACUCGUUGGCACCGGUGCGCAAAAGUCGCCGGCGUCGCGGAUCCCAACAAGGUGUCGACGAUGUGGAUAGCUAUCAGGAUGGCGAGCAGGUGGAGGACAACGAGAGCGGUGCGGGUUCGCGGAGCCCAUCGCCCACGGCCAGCAGCGGCAUUGAAGGCGGUUCCAUUAAGGAUGCGCAGCUGCACAUCGAUGUGCUCGCUGCGGACUCAGGCAGUCUGGAGGAUGGCAAUUCGGGCAGCUUUGGUGCCGGCAGCUAUGGUUCGGAGCGCCGCUCGAUAAUGCUGGGCGGCGCUGCAACGGGUUGGCUGCCCGACUCCACGUCCAUCAUGUGGAAACGCAUGCUGGGCGCGCUCGGGGAUGUGAAUCGCAUACCGAAGUCGGAGCUGCAUGCCCAAGUGUUUAAGCAUCUGCUGGAGAUGACACAGAACCUCAUCAAGAUAAAGCAGAAUCAAGGCAUCUCCACGGACAAUCAAAGCACACCGCCACCGCCCGCCUUGGUGCCGCCAAUUGGCGUUGUGGCACCUUGGUGCUAUGGCGCCCUCUCUUUGGAUCGCAGCUUCAAGAAGGGCAAACUGUGGGCACUGCAGCUGCUCUGCGCUCUGGCGUUGCAAGGUGCCGUGGGCAUGCAACAGUUGCCGCUCUUCUAUCAUGCGUUGCAUCAGCUGCUCACUGGCGAGGAUCGCGAUUUGAUCUAUGCGAUCAUGAAGCAUCUGGAGGGACCGCGUUUACUCAGUUUGCUGCUACCGGGACACACACUGCUACUGCUGGAUUUGGUGCAUGCGAGCGCCAUAUUACUCACCUCGUUGGAGGUCACCAGGAACACGCCACGUGCUGAGGUUGCUGCGCUUUUGGGUUCGCUGCUCUCGUAUCCGCCCACGCUGCUGCCACGCCCGGUGUUGCAGCCUACGGCCCAGCAAUUCGAGCUGAUGGAAUGCCCCGAUCUGCAGGAUCACAUACUCAACAUAAUGCUGCGUUGUGCGCGUCGCGAGCCAUCGGCAAAGGCUCGUUGCAUUGCGCUCUGUCAGCUGGGACAGUGGCUGCUGUUGCGUCUCUCGCAGCCCACGAAGAAUGCAGCGCAGCGUGCGCACUUUCAGCAGGCGGUGCCGCAUCCUAAGGAUGUGCUGCUGCCCAAGGAGACGAAUGCGAAUAGCUUUAAUCCGCGCAUACGUGAAGUGCUGCAAGUGUUGCUCCAGGCGCUGCAAUUCAAGCAUCACACCAUCGCUGUUAUCGCUGUGGAUGCGCUAAAACUGUGCGCGGAGCGUGGUCGUCAACUGGCGGCCAUUGAGCGUGUGCCCCAGUUGAUUAUCACGGCGCUGUGCAAAGCACUCGAGAUACAGAAUGUGAGUAAGCCGAAGGAUGCGGAUAAAGUGGUGCUCACCUCACUGAUGCUUUGCCUGGGCGAGUUUUGCAUGGCUAUUCCGGCUGCUCUCAUGCUGGAACCCUACAACGAUCAAGGUGACACGCUGGUGCUGCAAGUGCUGCGUGUUCUGCUCCAGGUAGCGUCCGGUGCGCCGCGUCACGAACGUGUGAAGCUAACGUCGGACGAUGAUUUUGACAUGCACAUUGCUAGUGAUGAUCUGCAGGGCGAUGGACGUCUGCCCGAAGCGAGUUAUCAGACAUCCGAGACUAUACAAGCCUGCAUCUCGGCCAUUCGAUUGUGCGCCAAGGCGGUGGCCAUGCAUUUGGUCACGCAUCUCGGACACUUUCCGAUGGGAAUUGGCGCCUCACGCUUGAGUUCGAUGGUCGAGGAGCAGGAUGACAUCUACGGAGGCACCGGCAGCAUUGGCGGCACUCAGCUGGAGCGACGCGACUCUGUAGAGCUGCCCUCGGUGGUGAACGCACAGAAUCUGCAGCUGUUCAUGCUUAACUCUGGUCUGGUGGCCAGUUUCAUUGAGCUGCCCACGUUGAAGCUGCCGGGCGGUGGCAUCACAGCGGGCUUGGUCACCGCCGAGAAGCAGGUUCGGGUGUUGAUGCGUGAUCUCAAUGGCAAGGCCUGUUGGGAUGCUUCGAUACUCUACUCGGAACCGCGCAAGUGUGACGCUCAAGUGCCGACGCCAGCUCAUGCGCAAUUCAGCUCAGAACGCUACGAUGGACCCUCAAGGCAUGCGAAGCAGUGUCAGCCCAUGGAUUCAAUGGUCGGGCAGGAGUUGCAGCUGCCACGGCAUACGCUGCGACAUCGGCCAGCGGGUGUGUUGCCACUGGCCAAGGAUGUGGCGCCAGAUCUGGAUCAGUUGGAUGAUAUGCUCGCCUACAUUGGCCACACGAGUCCCGAGUGUGUGCCGCCCACGGUCUCGGAACUGAAUGCACCCAGUUGCAGUCCGCUGAGCAGUUCACAGGAGGCACAGGCUAUCUCGGUGAUACUCAAUCAACGUGUGCUGGAACAGGAAUUUGUGACACACUCUGCACAGCAGUCUGCGGUCUCCGCCUCGACUUUGCGACACGCUGGCUCCAAUUCAUCGCUGCUGCAGCCAGAUCAACGUUCGCUGCACAGCGCCACAGCCUCGUUUGAUUCGUUUACGGGCGCUGGCAGUUUGCCCAAUCGCGUGGAAACUCCCUUCCAGUAUUGCCGGUUGCUCUUCGCCCACUUGGGUCUGGCUGGCUGGGAGCGUCGCUCGCGUACUCAUCUGCUGCAGCGCAGCGAGAAGUUGCUGCGGGAGCUGCGCAAUGUGGAUCUGCAAAAGUGUCGUGAAACGCACAAGAUGGCUGUCAUCUAUGUGGCCGCCGGGCAGGAGGACAAGACGAGCAUACUGCGCAACACCAGCGGUAGCAGCAUGUACGAAAUGUUUGUGUCCGCUCUCGGCUGGGAGAUUGAGCUGGAGACACACAAUGGCUUUCUGGGCGGACUGCCGCGUCAGGGUUGUGGUGCAACGGCGCCGUACUAUGCCACGCCCUUCCUGGAGGUGGUGUAUCAUGUGGCCACGCGCAUGCCAUCGGAUUCGUCGGAAGCCAUGCUGCUGAAAACGCGGCAUUUGGGCAACGAUGAGGUGCACAUUGUGUGGAGUGAACAUCAUCGCGACUACAGACGUGACAUUCUGCCCACGGAGUUUUGCGAUGUGCUCAUUGUGGUGUAUCCCCUGAGGAACGGGCUGUUCCGUGUGACGGUGAAUCGCAAGCCGGAGGUGCCGUGGUUUGGGCCGCUUGCCAACGAGAGCGUUGUGAGUGGCGCCUGCCUGGCCACGCUGAUUCGUGCCACGGCCAUCAAUGCGAGUCGCACCAAACGCGCCGCUCUGCCGCUCUACCAGCAAUUCUAUGAGGAGCGCAAUCGCUCGCUGGACAGCGUCUCGUCGCGCUACAAGGAGAGCACCACAUUCGAGGACUUUGCCAGUCGCAUUUACAAUCCAAUGCCACUGUCCACUCUGGGUACACUGCGCGAAUCGAAUGCCAGCAGUGCCGGUGCACCGCUUGCUGCCGCAUUGAUCGAUCACAAUCGUGCCUCUGUCAAGGGUUGGGUACAAGCAUCCAUUGAUUCGACACCAACGCUUGGCAUUGUGCCAUCUGCCUCCGCUGGCUCAACUGCGGCCAUGGAGGCGGCCACAAACAGUGGCAUUGCAUCGGCGUCGCCACGUGGUCCACGUAAGUUGGGAGCGCCCUUCAAGAGCGUGACCAAGAAGCACUCCUUGCAACAGAUUGUUGUUGGCGGCAGCUCUGGCGGCAGUGCUGGAGGUGAUACACCCCCAGAGAGUCCUACGUUGCCGCUGCGACGAAUCAAAUAGACUUUUGGCACACACGAAUUGGCGGCCAUGGUUACUAUUACUAUUACAAUAGCAAGAACUAUAACUAUUCCUACAAUUCCCCCCACUCUAACUAUACUCAUUCCCCGAUACAAGAAACCCAGAGCCAGGCUGAUUCUCGAGUACCAAACUGGUUUCCCCAAAAAACUAUAAAAAGGGGUUGCCUGGUUGGUGAGAGCAACGAUGCAGAGUUCUAUUGAAAAUGAAUAGUAUUGCAAACAAAAAAAAAAUCACUAAAACCGUUUCCUUUUAUGUUUAUUAUUGUAAUUUAUUUCAAUCAAUUUAUCGAUGCUAAUUUAGUCUAACUAUUACUCACUGUAAUUAACUAUUUAUUUGCCACACAAUUCCACAAUUUCCAACUGCGAAUUGUAGUAUGUAUUUAUUAAUCAGUUUGUUCGAUUUCAAAUGCGAUUCCAUGUUACGUCCACUAAUUUCUAAUUAAUCCAUUUCAAUUAAUCAUUAUUAAUGAUUUUAAAUAUUAACCUAAUUUACGCGCUUCUAUAUUGAGCUCUUUAAUAAGCUAAUCUAUCAAUUGAUUGCAAUUUAUGAUUAUCCUUAUUUGUUGUAAUUCUGUGUAAUCAUCACUAACGAUAGUUUUAUCAUUUUAAAUGGUGACGCUCAGAGUCCGAAGGAUUACUGUGUUGUCUUGAUCCUACAUUUUCUAUAUAUUUUAAUGUUUUACGCUUCGAGAUGCAAAUUCAAGGAAUUCGUUAAGUGUUAAGCACAAAGCAACAAAAUCAAAAACACAAUUACAAUCGAAAUUUAUUUACACAUUUGAGAUGGCUCUAUAACUCUGCCUAUUAAGCAAAAACAGUUACUGGUUAGUAUUAUGUAUUCGAGCUCUAUAUGUAUAGACAAUCUAGUUGAUAAGUAUGCGAAGAAGUAUAAGAAUCUAUCGAUCGAUCUAUUUACCAACAUUGUUCAAACAAUCGGGUUUUAAUUGUAAUACACGUAUAUAUAUACAUAUGUAUGUAAAGCAGAAAAGAAAUUGUUAACUCAUUUAAUACGAAAGCGAGCACAUUUCUAAUUGUUCGACCAAUAAUUUCAAACAAAUUGAUCAAAUGUAUAUUUAUAUACGUUAAUUUUGUAUUUAUUUAUAUUGUAUUUAGUAAAGGGGCAAGUGAGAUAUAUAAACAAAACAAAAAAAAAUAAGGAAAGAUGUUUAAUUGCAAUGCGUUUUUGUUGCACAAAUGUUUUAUGAAAUUUUUAGUCUAAUUAACACAAUAUUAAUAUUUAGCAAUUACCUAUGUGUGUAAGUUUUUUUGUAUAAACAACCAAGUAAAACAAAACAAAAAACAAUAAAUAAAUCCUAACUUUUAAGCUAAUAUGCAAAACGACAAAUUUUUGUAACUAACACCAAGUACACACCACGCAUUAUACAACUCUUAUACUUACUAAUUUAUUUAAGAAACAAUCGAGUAUUUUUCAUAAAAUAAAUGCAAUUCAAUUCA